UGAUUAGGUAUCGAUAGGCGCAACGCGUUGAAGAAGUUGCUCGUCCCUGCCGUCUCUCUCCGUUUUUGGCUGUUGCUGCGACCAAGGUAGAACUCGAGAGGUAGGGAUUUCGGAAUCCCCGUCCGGGCUGUUGAGUAGCCAGAUCCAGAACCACCAACCCCCGCCGUUUAACCAUCACGCGUCGACCCAAUCCAAUCCAAUCAUCUGGUUAUUGUUUAAGUGUUCUUCAAACCCCCAAUGAAAUCCCACAAGUGAAUCGGAUUUGAUUCGAGAGCAGCCAGUGCAGUUGUCCGUCGUUUGUCGUUUUUCGUUUCGCGAUAUUCUUCGGUUCGGCCACAAAAAGUCAUGGAAAACCAGGACAACAAAAAUGGCGACUUGACCGCCAAGGAGAUGGCCAAGUUUCUGUACUGCAUGGAUAAGUUCCUGCCGCCACUGGAUCUCAAGAAUGAUAUUGUUUAUUGCCAGCGGGCACUGCGUGAUUUUAUCAAGGUGCAUUCGUUGGUCUCGGAGGUGUUCUCGCAGCAGGAGGAUGCGGAUCCCGUGGCUAUGCGUCGCAUCUUGGACGAACUGGAGGAGGAGAUGUAUGAGAUCAAUGCCGAGUGCCAGUACCUAAUGCUGCGGCUCGAUGAGGAUGUGCUUAGUUUUCUCAAGAAACUGGAGGCGAUCGACAUUAAAACCGAUCUAAAGGAGGCCAAUGCGCACGUCUCCACGCUGUUAGUGCCUUUAAUUGCGGACGAAGACUAUAUGAUCAUUCCCAAGAAUGUGGGUACUCGCGACACCGAGGAGACGCUCAUCCGCAAGCAUUUUCUCCUGUCGCAGGAGGGCGAGGAUCCACCCAUGAAUCUGAGCGACCUGGAUGAUAAUAUUGCCCUUAUGCUGGGUCCGACUGAUACGACCAUUCAAAUCGAGCUGGAAAAUGGUGACGCCGAGCAGGCAGCGACGCUGGAAUCGUCCCAGGAGACGCCGACGCAGUCGCAACUGGCUGUACCAGCGUCUUUACUGCGAUCUCUGCCGGACACUGUGAUCAGGACAGUGGAGCAGGGCGAGAGCCAGCCCCCGCCGCUGCUCAUUGCCACCACUACGCAGAAGUCGCAGCAGCGUUCGCUUUUGAUUCCAAGAAAGCAGCCAGAAACUUUUGGCAUGCAUCAGCAGAAGCGCAUAUCGAGUACCUCACCGCCACCCUUGGCGCCCAUAACGAUUGAGUUUCCACAGGCUCAGGUUCAGCAUCAGGCUGUGGUUCAGGAUCCAGCGAAGGCUGAGCUGGACUUUGAGCAGGUGGAGGCGAGCCGCGGCAACCUGCGCCAGGUGCUGAAGCGGUCCAGGAAGACCAAGCAAAUGCCACGCCUCUGCUACGAGGACCACGUAGAGCUGACGACCUUAGAGACUGAUACAAAGCGAAGGGCGGGGAAGGUUACGCAGAUAACCAACGUUGCCAAAGCUGUACAAAACAAUGCAUCAUCAUUAUCAAUCGCUGAGAAGCCAGACAAGACACCGACACCGCCAACGCCACCGCCGCUGCCAUCACCACCACUGCCGAAGCGGCAGGGCCCUGGAGUGGGCGCUGGGGCAAACAAAACUUCCAAGAUACGCAAAACUCUACGCAAAUCAUCACCAGAGGCACAGCCAGAGGGGCCGGGGGCUGGGGCUGGGGGCUCGCCAUCAGCUUCAUCAGAUGACUCCACCACUCAGGAGUUGCAGCAGGAGCAGCAGCGUCUGUCCGCCUCGGCGGCCCAGUGGCGCGACGAGCCGCGCGAGACACGCGUCAUGGCCGCCGAGUACGGCCAGGAGACAUUCUUGCGUAUCUUUGGCCUAUACACGCCCGAGGUGAUUACGAAACUCAGUCAGCGCCACUCGAAGCGCAAGCGUCGCAAUGUCCAGAAUGCCAGCGGCGUUGACUUUCACUAUGGUCAGCAAAUGAAUGCCACACUGGACACACCGAUGGGGCGCCAAAAGAAGGUUAAGAACAAACCCGAGUUCCUGCUCUCGCCCAAGGAGAAGCGACUGCAGGCCAAGAAGGCCGAUGUUCGCAAGAGCAAGACUCCGGACAAGGCUGCUGCCGAGGCGUCGCAGACUGUUGUUAUUGAGGGGGAAGAUGCUGCCGCUGCAGCUGCUGUUGCCGCUGCCAAGUGCCGCAAGUGUCGCGGAGAAUGCCAGCAUUGCCGCCAGUGCAAGCGUCUCGUGGCAGGAAAAGACGAUGGCGUUUGCGAGCAGUGUGAUGGAGUGUAUCACAAAGACUGCCAUCAGCCCACAAAGAGCCGGCUGCUGGCGCAGUCCCAAAGAAAACGCUGCCCCCCCUGCUGUCGCGAAAUGCGUGAGACUAUGCUGUCAGUCAGCAGCAGCGGCAGCAGCACUGCCGCUUCCAGCAGCAGCAGCAGCACAACCAAAAAGGCAGGCGGAGCCCAGACCGUUUAACUUUCUAAUGUCUUCAAAUAUUCUUAACUUUUUUUUCCCCCCCCCACCCCGAACUAGUUUUUAAAACUAAAAAUGUGAAAAACCAAGCUUUGUCCGCCCGCAACGCCCAGAUCCCGAGAGAGAUCCGAUCCCCCCUUUGGCCUUUGGCCUGGCUCUCUCUCUCGUUCGUGCAUCUGCGUUGUGUUGCGUUGCGUUUGCUGUUUUUGUUUAGUGUUGCAUGGCAGUGGGCGGCGUCUGUGGCGGCCGCUUGCUUACUCCAGAGUGUUUUAUUUUAUAUUUUUUUUUUUUAUAUUUUUUUAUUUUAAAUGUUUAUUUCAAGCUACAGUUUCACACAUACCUAAAGAAGAAAUGUAUGUGCAUGCAUGUGCAUACGCGAGAGCAAGUGAUUUCAAUAAUAAAAAAUACUGUAUGAACAGGCGGAGCGGAGGAUUGUUUUCGAUGA